AUGUACCCCAUGGCAAUACUUGUUAGUUCUCCCAAUCUCUCUCGAUACCAACACUUCUUCUACCUCACAAUCCUCCAUAACACCACCCAGCACCGCACUCAGCACACCCAGCGCAAACGCACCCGCACCCGCAAACGCAACCCACACUCCAACCUCACAACCUCCCAACCCACGCAUAAAUACCCCAAACUUCCCAAUCCCUCAUCGAAAAAACCUUGUCUUAGCCUGGGUGGGCCACCCGUCGACAACUUGAUUUGGGUUGGCAUGACGGGUGGGCAGCCCAGAUCGAAUCGGGUCUGGGUCAGCAAAUGGCGGGCGGGACGGCUAGCGUCCCAGAUGCUGAGAUCCAAGGUGGGGGGCACUCGUCCAGGUGGUCGUUUUAAACCGGAACAUGAGGGCAAAGCCGCUACUCGUAAAGCGUGA